AUAGUUUAUAUUGGUCAAAUUCAGUUCGUUCCGUUUGUGCUGUUUCCGUUUUGUUUCUAAACAGUAAACUGUUUCCGUAAUGAAUACGCCCCAUAUACUAUUAUCGCGGAUAUUCAAUUUAACCAUUAUAUUUAAAAAGUAGCUUGGUAAGACUGCAAAUAUACGGUUUUAUUUAACCAGUAAUCAGAGGGUGGCGCAGCACUGUAUUUGAUAUGUAUUUUCAUAAUAUUAACUGAUGGAGGAGAACGUUUUCGUAUUGAUUACUUCCGGGGCACCUCUGUGUUUCCAGAAGUUCACAAACCUCUCAGGUUCUGAGUUCCCCAGCACGAUAGAGUCCAAAUUUGAAUAAUUUGGUUGCAAACCGUGAUUGAAGUGCUCCAUUCCAUUACUUCCCUGUUUCUGACUGACUCAAUCGUGAUGACAGAACCACACAGCCCUAUCUCUGCCUCCGUCCCCCAGACAACCCCAGGCAUCAUCAUGCCCCCGGCCGACGGCAGUGGCACAGCGGUGGAGAUGGACCCUGUGGAGUACACCCUCCGCAAGCGUCUCCCCAGGAAGCUGCCCAAGCGCCGCAAUGACGUGUACGUCAACAUGAAGACAGACUUCCGAGCCCAGCUGGCCCGCUGCCAGAAGCUGCUGGAGGGAGGAGGCCACAGGGAGAUCUGCGUCCAUGGUCUGGGCCUGGCCAUCAAUAGGGCCAUCAACAUCGCCCUGCAGCUCCAGGCCAGCAGCCAGGGGGCACUACAGCUGGCGGCCAACACGUCUACAGUGGAGCUGGUGGACGAUCUGGAGCCUGAGGACCCGGACGAGGCGGGGGAACCCAUGACACGCACUCGAAAUAAUUCGGCUAUUCAUAUCAAAGUGUUCUACCCAGACCCACAGUGACCCGAAACGCAUCACCAUCAGUCCUAGCUCGGAUAUGGUUAGCUACCUCCAUUGUCAUGGUGUCUGUAAUAUAGUAAUGGAGGCUAGUCAUACAGGGGGUAUCUCACCUGGUUAAUCCCGCCGGAUAUCCUAACCCUCUGCGGUGGCUGUUAUCCAGAUGUGGGGCAUAAUGAGAAGUGUCUAUGAACUGAGCUGAUUUCAGAGCUUUUGGAAGCUCUUUCUCAGCUUUGUCAUUUUGUUAUGCAUGUCAGUCAGAGAAGUGUAUUUGUUAGUAUCAAUAUGUGAUGUUUCAUGCCAUCAUUUCCAAUCCCUCACUGCCUGAAAAAAAAAAAACACAUAGGAAAUGGGACAGACCACACUAA